CACCUGGAGCAUGCCGGCAGCGGAGCGCGUCUCCCCGGCUGCGAACCCAGCUCGCGUCCCGCGAGGCGCGGAAAGGAGGGCAGGUUCAGAGGCAAACCAGGAACUGGGGUGGAAGAGCUGGGCUACUCGGGGUACAGAAAGUAGGAAACAUCAGAGUGAAAUGUUAGCGUGAGUGCAGUGGUGGAGGCAUCUGCAAAGGGAGGCAUGGCCCCGCUUCUCUGGUGGGGGAGGGUUGUGAGAGAGAGGGAACGAGCCCGUCUAUACGGUCUUGGGGAGUUGGACUUUGGAGGUGGUAGAGGAGGUAGAUUUGGGAGAACAGAGGAAAGGAGAGGUGUCGCCUUUGAGCGUCAAGUUCAUUUAUUCUAGCCUCUCAAAAGUAGCAGCUUGCAAAAACACAGCCAGAUCGUGUCCGUACCCAUGCCAUGCUGGAUUCACAAGACUCCUGGGGACUAUAAAGUGAAAAUGGCGCAACAAGAACCAGCAGAUUCUUCUCAAAAUACCAAGCAGUACAUUAUUUCAGAGGAGUUAAUUUCAGAAGGAAAAUGGGUCAAGCUUGAAAAAACAACUUACAGAGAUCCUACUGGUAAAACAAGAACUUGGGAAACUGUGAAGCGGACAACGAGGAAAGGCCAGUCGGCUGAUGGUGUGGCGGUCAUCCCCUUGCUGCAAAGAACCCUUCACUAUGAAUGCAUCAUUCUGGUGAAGCAGUUCCGACCCCCGAUGGGGGGCUACUGCCUAGAAUUCCCCGCCGGUCUCAUCGAUGAGAACGAAAGCCCAGAAGCAGCUGCUCUUCGGGAGCUCGAGGAAGAAACUGGCUACAAGGGCGACGUUGCUGAAUGUUCCCCAGCUGUCUGUAUGGAUCCAGGCUUGUCAAACUGUACCACACAUAUCGUAACCGUAACUAUCAAUGGAGACGAUGCUGAAAAUGUAAGGCCUAAGCCAAAGCCAGGAGAUGGAGAAUUUGUGGAAGUGAUUUCCUUACCAAAGAAUGACCUGCUGAAGAGACUUGAUGCUCUGGUAGCUGAUGAACAUCUGACAGUGGACGCCAGAGUCUAUUCCUACGCUCUGGCGCUGAAACAUGCAAACACGAAGCCGUUUGAAGUGCCCUUCCUGAAGUUUUAAGGCCAAAGGACAGUCGCCGUGUUUCUGUAACCAGGACACAGGCCUCCAUCAUUAAGACUUUGUAUUCAGCUUAGUUGCAAUGGAAAUUUGAAAUUAGUUUUUUCAUAAAAUAAAAGCACA